AUGAUCCAACAAUAUGCUAGAGCAUAUAUUUUGCACAUGAUCGGGACGCUUCUUUUUCCCGAUUCAAGUAAACAUAAAGUGCAUUUGAGGUGGUUACCACUUCUCGAAGACUUUGACGUGUGUGGGACAUUAUCCUGGGGUAGUGCUGUUUUAGCAUAUCUAUAUCGAGAAAUGUCAAAGGUUGCUUUAAUGCAAAAUAAAGAGCUCAAAGGCUGUUUGACAUUGUUACAAGUUUGGGUAUGGGAGAGACUGGUUUUGAAACCGCGAUUAUGCAAGAUCCGAGAGUUGGAUGGACAGAUUCCACUAGGCUGCAGAUGGAAUGUCACUAAAGCCUAUAAUGAGGUCCCGGCUAGACAGUUAGACUUUUACAGGGGGGAGAUCGACCGAAUAAAAAUUUUUCAGUUAAUAUAUGGAUUAUUUUGCAGUUCGAGUGGCAGCCAUACGCACCUUACCUACAUCGUCUACCGCUGA